UCGGAGUAGGGACGUCGGGGGAGGCAGGGAAGGCGGAAUGGGAAGGGAAAUCGUGGGAGGGAGGUCAGUGCAGGGUGAGUCCACGGAGGGAAGUCGGGAUGGGAAGGGGGGUCAGGGGAGGGGAGUCGGGGAAUGGAGGUCGGCCACUCGGCGGAGGGAAGUCGAGGCAGGGAUGUCGGACGACAGCCGCGAAGACUGCCGGCGGGUGAGGGCGCGGCCCGCCGGACAAGCGGGAGGAGGAAGUGGGGAAGAGCAGGAGGAGCAGCGGGAGGAGGAGGAAGAGCUGUCAGGGCAGGGAGGUCGCAAUCGGGGGAAGUAGAGGUUGGGAUGGAGAAAUGGGAUCGGAGAGGGAAGUCGGGAUCAGGGGACAGAGGUGGGGAUCGAUGGGAGGAGGUGGGGAGAAGGAAGCCGGGAUGGGGAGGAAAGUUGCCGGACCGAGGUCGGGGGAGGGAGGUCCUAGGAGGGAGUCAGGAUCAGGGGAGAGAGGUGGGGAUCGGUGCAGGGAAGCCGGGAUCGAGGAAGAGGUGGGGACUGAUGGAGGAAAGUCGGGAUUGGGGACAGAGGUGGAUAUCGAUGGAGGAAGUAGGGGGAGGGAUGCUGGGAUGCGGAAGGAAGUCAACGAAGGGAACUCGGGGGAGGGAGGUCGACGGAGGGGGAUUGGAGUAGGGACGUUGAAAUAGGGACGUCGGAGUAGGGACGUCGGGGGAGGCAGGGCAGUC